AUGAAUGCUCCAGAUAGAUUUGAGUUGUUCAUAUUGCCAGAAGGCGUUGAUAAAAUUAAAAUAACACCUGAUACGAAGGUGCCCAAUGCCGCUGUGAUCAAGAUUGAAAGAGAAGAUCAUACUUUGGCUAACCUUUUGAGAUCACAGUUAGCAAAGGACGAUAGGGUAAUUUUUGCCGCUUACAAGGUCGAACAUCCUUUAUUCGCUAAUUUUGUAUUGAGGAUUCAAACGGAAGAGGAUUAUUCUCCAAGAGAAGCCCUUCGAAAUGCAUGCUCCGCUUUGAUUGGUGAGUUGGAUAUCAUCAAGACAAGAUUCAAAGAUGAAUGGGCGCUCAAAUCUUUAUUGAACAAUGACGAUGAGUAUUGA